CACAGACCUGCUGAAACUAAGCAACAAGAGACCCUACCAUAUAUUUGACUCUCUUCUUCUUCAAGCUAGUUGCCGGCCAUGUCCACUUGUGAAGAUCAGAAGCUGAAAAAGCAGAUGAAGAAGGGCGACAGCCGCAGCGGCUUUGUCGGCGUGCGGCGGCGGCCUUCUGGACGAUGGGUGGCGGAGAUAAAGGAUUCAUCGCAGCGCAUUCGACUGUGGCUCGGAACCUACGAUACGGCUGAGGAAGCUGCGCGAGCCUAUGAUGAGGCCGCACGUGCUUUACGGGGCGAUAACACGCGUACAAAUUUUACAGCAGCGGCGGCGGCGGCUGGCGGUGGCGUUGGUGGCAUUGGACGGCCGCACUGCUAUCAAGCCGCGGGCGAUCUCUCUAUGACGGCGAAGGCCAGAUUGACGAGGAGAAUAAGGAGCAUCGUGGAGAGAUCGGCGGCGGAGAGGAGGACGAAUGGGUGGAUGAGGGUGAGCGAUCAGCACACCAUGGCUAGCAUCUUUCAUCCACAGAAGAUGUUGAAUGAGUUUUGGGCUAAGAGUGUGGAGUUCGGAGGGGUGGGGGAGGAGGAGAAGAGAUGGAGGUGGGAGUUAGGGUUUGAUCUGGAUAUGGGAGAAAUAGAUGGGAGAUUGGAAGAGGAAGAUAGGAAGAGGUUUAAGGUAUCUUCUUCAAUUAUUGUUCCGCCUUCAUUUAGUUCGUUGACGGCGACGGCAACGACGGCUGCGCCGGAGAAGCUAAGCUAAGCGUAUGUUUUUGUGGUCUUCAUGAUGAGAUGCUUCUAUGCAGACUAUCAUUGA